AUGGCUACCUCAACCGACGCCCAGGAGUUCUCCUCCAUCAAGUUCGACUACCUCAUCAUCGGCGGCGGCACAGCUGGUCUCGCCGUCGCCUCCCGCCUAGCCGAAAUCCCCUCCCUCACCAUCGGCGUCCUCGAAGCAGGGAAAAGCGGUUAUGGCGACGACAACAUUGACAUCCCAGCCUACUCUGGCCGAGCACUGGGAGGACCCUACGACUGGCACUUCCAGACCACGCCCCAGCCCGGUCUCGGCGGACGAACUCUCCCAUGGAACCGGGGGAAGGUCCUAGGCGGAUCAAGUGCGCUGAAUUAUAUGACUUGGAAUCGUGGAAGCAAGGAGGAUUAUAAUGCCUGGGAGGAGCUGGGGAAUGAUGGUUGGGGGUGGGAUUCUCUCCUGUCAGAACGAUUCCAUCCGCCUCCGCCGAGCUUUAAGGACAACCACCAGGCCUCGUACAACGAGCCAAACAGCUUCCUGGGGGAAGAUGGGCCCAUCAAUGUCUCAUACACUCGAGACUUCUCGCCUUCACAUGCUCUGUGGCAUGCAACCUUCAACGAGGUGGGGGUCGAGUCAAAUCCAUCUCACCUGGACGGAUCAAAUGUGGGUGUGUGGACUACCAUUGUGGCCGUCAACCCAGAGACUGCCACAAGAUCAUAUGCGACUCAUUACUGCUUGACGCCGCCUGCGAAUCUGCAUAUCCUUACUGAGGCUCUCGUUGAGCAAGUCGUUCUGGAUAAGAAGGACGGGGAAUGGGCUGCUACUGGCGUGCGGUUCAGUCAAUACGGAAAGCAAUAUGUCGCCUCAGCUGCUCGAGAGGUCAUCCUGUCAGCAGGCAGCGUCCAGUCACCACAGCUUUUGGAGUUGUCCGGUGUUGGCCGGGCUGAUGUUCUGGGUGCUGCGGGAAUUCCGUUAAAAGUUGAGAGUCCAAACGUGGGUGAAAACCUGCAGGAGCAUAUCAUAGACCCCAAGCUCCCCCACCCAGACGACCUGUUCAUCGAAGAAGUCGCCGCCACCGCCUACGAGCAAUACCAAAGAGAAAAGUCCGGUCGUUUGACCGUCCUCCCCUGCUCGAUGGCAUAUCUUCCCGUUUCCAAGCUGGCACCCGAAGAAGAUGUGGCUUCGCUCUCGUCCAGGUCCCAACAGCUGGAACGUUUUGGCGCCGAGCAAACGUCCAUCCUCUCUAGCAGGUUCGACACCGACAAACAGCUCGGCCAAGUCGAAUUCGUCUUUGAUCUCGGCAACUGGAACCCGUCGUUUGCGCCUAAGGAAGAGGGCAAGAGAUACUGCUCCAUGCUGUUGGUGCUGCAGUAUCCCUACUCGAGAGGGUCCAUCCAUAUCGAUCCUAAAGAUGGACCAACCGCUGAUGGGGUACCGGCCACCGCGCACCAACAGCCGGUGAUAGAUCCGCAGUAUUAUGUUGGUCCUCAUGGGGAGCUCGACCUUGAGAUUAUGCUGCAUGGUGCCAAGUUUGCGCAGAAGAUUUGCUCGACUAAGCCAUUGAAGAAUGUCAUCCCCGGUCCUGCUUCUCCUUCGUCGGCAGUGGUCUCUAAUGAAGACCUGAGAGGAUGGAUCGUUGAGAAUACCAUCACAGACUGGCAUCCGAUAGGGACCUGUGCGAUGGGCGGUCGUGCUGGGCAGGCAGGCGGUGUGGUUGAUGAACGGCUCAGGGUGCACGGCGUGAAGGAGUUGAGAGUGAUCGAUGCAAGCGUGAUGCCGCUGCAUAUCAGCGCGCAUUUGCAGGCUACCGUUUAUGCUAUUGGUGAGAAGGGAGCCGACAUGAUUUUGGAAGAUGCUGGACUUCGAAGUUAG